UCUUAUCUAUUUGUACUUGUUGAAAGAAGAAGAAGAAAAAAAGUCAACUUGAAUUCAUCGUAAUCUAAAAUUACCUUAAUUCUGUUCUUGAUUAGUAGUAUCCGUUGUUAAGAAUACGCAUCCACUGAGUAGAGAGAAAUUUUCAUUUUUCUCUUUCUCCAUCUUCUCAACUCAUCAUCAUCCUCAUCUCAAUUAUCAUCCAUAGAGAAAAUUUCUCUCUCUCUCUUUCUCUCUUUCUUUAUUUCUUCAUCUUCUCUUAUGUUUUGAACUCUUUUUCCUCUGGUUUCCUUGUUUACACAUUUUGUUGUUUUCUCUUUCCAUUGAUCUGGAGUAAUAAUCUUCUAAAAUCAUCAUGUAAUCGCUUCUCAUUGGAUUUUGUGUCUUCAUCUCUUUCUCUUCAUCUGUCAAUCAUUUCUACUACACUUUGGUAAUAGUGUUGGUGGAAGUGGUCAUCUCUUGACCAUGGAAUUUGUUUACAAUUUCUAACCUAAGAAUUUGGGUUUUCUUCUUAGUGUUGUGUUUAUGUAAUACGAGUGGAAACAGUUUCUGGUUUUUUUCGGGUUAACUGUUUCUCUUAUUUCUCUCUGUCUCUCUCUCUUGCUUUUUAUCUUCGUCUUCUAUCAUAUGUUCAAUUUCUGAGCCUCUAGGGUGAUGCCAUCUUCUUAUAAUAUCGGCAAUUUUAUCCUACGAGAAGAAGAUGUCAUUCGUAUGGUGUUGGAGUUUUUAAAUAAUCGCGAUCUCAGUAUAAGCCAAUUGAGUUUAGAAAGAGAGACCGGUGUUCAUAAUGGUCUUUUCUCGGAUGAUCUUCUCUUCUUGAGACAAUUAAUUAUCGAUGGUCAGUGGGAUGAUUGUCUACAAUUUAUCGAACCUCUCGAAAUACUACCUGAUUUCAAUGUAAAAGGCGUUAAAUAUUGUCUCCAUAAACACCAAUAUUUAGAGUUAUUGUGUAUCAGAGCGGAAGCUGGACCUUACCAGAAUGUCGAAGUGGCCGUUAACGAGGUUGUCGAAUGUCUUAAAGAGCUGGAAAAAUGUUGUCCAUCGAAAGAGGAUUAUAAUGAAUUGUGUUUACUUUUGACUUUACCAUCAUUGGCUCAUCACCCUGAUUAUAAGAAUUGGAAUCCGAGUAAUUCAAGAAUCAAAUGCUUCAAUACAAUUCAUGCAUUGAUAGAGAAAUAUUUACCUUAUGAGAAGAAGCCUGAUGAGAAAAUACGAGAGGCCAAAGCAGAUCGAUUAUUACAGUUGAUUAUCAAGGGAAUUCUUUACGAAUCGUGUGUCAAUUUCUGUGAAACCAAAGCGACAUUUUCAGCUAAAGAUGGAGAUGAUAAAUUACAAUUCUGUAGCUUAUUGGAAGGCUGUGGUUUCACCAGUGGUGAUCUUAGUCUCCUUUCCUGGUUACAAAGUAUUCCAACGGAAACAUUUUCUUAUCCAUUCGAACAGAAAACCUUGAGUGUCGAUGUUGAACAAAUUCAGAAGCCCUCGCUGGUUGCAUCAUGGUCCGAGAUGAUUAUGGUCACUCCAAUAAAGCCGAAAAUAUUUCCCCAUCUAGCGACUCCGUUUACCCGGCUCAAAGCGUCCGAUUUAAUGUCCAAAUCACUGACCACUGGGCUACUUGACAGUUUACCUAAAAACAAUGUGGGUGUUGGUUUUUCGGUCGGUGAGAUCGCAGAAAUGUCCAGAUCCUCGAUCGCUGGACUUGGUUUCCAUUUAAAGUCUAGUCAAAAUGAAGGGAAAACAAAUGAUCAAAAUGGUGUUGACAAACUUUUCGAAAGUGAUCUGGUAUUCAGUUCAAGUUGUAUUGAUAAAUUACCAACGGUUGAUAGUAAAUCAUCAUUAACAACAAGAGUAAAUCAAACUAAAGAAUCAAAUGAAAAUGAACCAUCAAAUCAAUUGGAACAUGAAAAGUCACAAAAGAAUCAAUUGUCAUCACUAAAUGAUACUCACCCAAUCGAUGUGCCAAAGACUGAAUCUAGUUCCAAAAGUGCCAAUCAAAUUAAACUAACAUCAACAAUUAAAGAUUCACCUGAUUUAUGGGUUAAAUUUCAGAAACAAAGGAAACAGUCACUAGAAAAGUCUCUAUGGGAAGAAUCAAUUAUCAAAGAGGAAGAUGAUACACAAUGUGAAUCGUUUACUCAGUUGCGACAAAAUAAUCGACAAAAACCAGCUCAUCAUUUCAAUCAACAUCAAUCAUCAUCAUCAUCAUCAUUACCUGGUGCCAAUAAUAGUCAAUUAUCAUCACAAUUAACGCCAAACUCAAUUAAUCCAUUUAAACCAAGAUAUGAUUCGAUUCCAGAAUCAUCAGCGAUCCCGAUGAAUUCCUAUUUACCGAAACGUGGACAAACCCUGAACAAUUCAGUUCAAAAUAACAAAAAAACACCCUUACAACCCACACAACAAUCAACAUCACCAUCACUCAAUCAAAACCAACAAUUAACCAACGAUUUAUCCCAAAAGAUGAUGGAUUGUUUGAGAAGCUAUUCUGCUUAUCGUCGACCAGUGAUUCGUCAGGAUGAGAUUAUCCCUCAACAUAGUAACUUUUAUUUCAUGGGCUCAUCGGAUUACGUUAAAUCCAAUAAGACACUUAAUUCAUCUCGACCUGGAUCAUCUCAUGAUAUCCGUUCAAAGGCCACUUCAAGGUCAUCUUAUUAUUCUGACUCCUGUCCACUUCAUAGUUACAGUAAUCGAAGUGUCUACUCUCAUGGACCUGGACAUAAGAGUAUCUCGAGCAGUACGACGACCGUUUAUAGCGAUAAGAAAGCCCAGUUUGUUCCGGUCACUCGACUAGAAGACGCUCAGGCCAUUCGAGCGGCAGAAUUUCAUCCAAGUGGUAAACUUUACGCCAUUGGUUCAAACUCGAAAACAUUGAGAGUUUGUUCAUACCCUUUGGGCUCUGAAAUUCGGGCAAUUGGUGAAGAUCAUGAACCUUAUCAACCAACUGUACUUUUCAAACGAUGUAAACACCAUAAAGGUUCAAUAUACUGUUUGGCCUGGAAUGCGUCCGGUGAUUUACUUGCCACCGGAUCAAAUGAUAAAACCAUCAAAUUGAUGCGCUUUGAUGCUGAUAGAUGUGAUAUUGUCGGCACUGAGGCCGAUCUGACCAUGCAUGACGGAACAGUCCGAGAUCUUUGCUUCAUGGAAGAUUUAACCAAUGGCUCUAACCUAUUGAUCUCCGGUGGUGCUGGUGAUUGUAAAAUUUACAUCACCGACUGUGAAACUGCAACACCAUUCCAAGCAUUAUCAGGACAUUCAGGUCACAUCCUUUCACUUUACACUUGGGGUGGUGCCAUGUUUGUCAGUGGAUCUCAGGACAGAACCAUAAGAUUCUGGGACCUACGAACUCGAGGAUGUGUUAAUCUAAUCACUGCCCCACCGAUAUCAGGAUCCAUUCAUGGAAGCGCUGUUUCUGCUGUUUGUGUCGAUCCCUCAGGUCGACUUUUGGUCUCAGGCCAUGAAGAUGCUAAUUGUAUGUUAUACGAUAUUCGAGGUGGUCGAAUCAUUCAAACGAUUCGACCUCAUUCAUCAGAGGUUCGAACCAUCCGAUUCUCACCUAAAGCUUAUUACCUAUUGACCGGAGGUUAUGAUAACAAAAUCAUCUUAACUGACCUACAAGGUGACCUUACCCAACCCUUGCCCAGUAUCGUGGUCGCUGAACAUACAGAUAAAGUCAUUCAAGGUCGAUGGCAUCCAAAUGACUUCACGUUCUUGACAACAAGUGCCGAUAGAACGGCAACUCUUUGGACUUUACCCAAUUAACGACAAUUAAUGAUUUACCAUAAAUAACCAGCGACUAUUUGGAUAAUUAACUGUUACAAAUAUCUCAUUUAUCAUACAACUAAUUGUUCAUAUAUUCAAAAAAAUCCUCAUAAGACGCAAUAAGAUGAUUUAAUUAAUGACCUACAAUUAAUUAAUUGUUAAUUACUAUGACCUAGAAUUUUCUACUAUGUUUACUAUUAUAUUAUCUCAGCUAAUCAAUAUUUCCCGAAAAUUGUUCUGAUUAAUUGAUUAGUUUUAUCAAUGUUUUCGUUUCAAUUUUUCUCUUCAUCUACCUGCUCAAAACAAUUAAUUAUCCUCUCGAUCAAGCCUAUUAACAAUUACAGCAAAUUAUCAAAUAAAUUGCUGGCAUUUAAAAAUCCAUUUAAAUACCAACAAUUAACUUUAAUUCAAUUCAGAGAAUCAGAUCUGAAGCUUUCACAUUUAAAUACAAAUGAUUUACUGAUUUAUUGAAUAAUCGUCAUGAAGAAAAAAAUUAAUCCAAUAAACUGAAUCAAUUGUAAAUUUAA